AUGGUCUUCUUUGUGUUAGAAAUAAAACUAGCUGUGCCAAUCUCUCUGUUACAGACUUUAUCCAGAAGAAUUUCAAAUCCGUAUCUGGAAAACCCUUCAAGCAAGAUUUAUGGAGAGAGUUCUUCUUGUGCUGGGAGAGCUCUCAGGAAUAUUUUUACAGUUCAAGCUUCUGACCUGAUAAAGGACAGAGUAUAUGUUACAGGAAUUUGCAGGAGAAGCUGUGUUGGAUCACAACUGGUAGACUGGCUCUUGCAGCACUGUCCUUUUGUGAAGUACAGAUCCACAGCAGUUGGUGUAUGGCAGCUUCUAUUGGACAUGGGAAUUGUGUUAUCAGUGGACAGAGAGCUCUGUUUUCAAGACACGUAUGCUUUCUACCAGUUCUCAGCUGAUGAAUGUACCUACCUUUUCUGUGAAUUCGAAAGAGAUGAAGGAUGGCAAAAUGGUGUAAAACUGUUGUUGCAACUACUGCCACUUACUCCACCCAGGAUUACUGCAUGCAACCUGCCUGAUCAAAAAAUAGAAGAUGCUGCAGAAACGGAAGCUGAAAUCCUUGCUCGCCUCACAUCUGCGGUGCAGAGAGAGUUGGCUGCUGUCAUUGCUUUGAAAGCAAGAAAGUCAGCAGUUCAUCAAAAUGAAGAAAACAACAGCCCAGAGGACCUCCAGGAUACCUCUGAUGCACAGGCAGGGGUUUUGUGCAAACUUCAAGAAAGAGAUGACAUUGGACGCAUUGAACUAGUCCAGAAGCUGGCAAAGGAAAAUUAUCCAUUUUUGCAGACAGAUAGAAAAGAACCUGAGAAGACAGAACAAGCGCCAUGUGAUUUAGCAGUUGCCAUGCCGGAUGAUGAAGUGACUACUGUUCAAGAGAAGGAGCAAGACCAAGAUGUUCUGGUGCUUAGGAAAGUGUCGUCACACAGCUCAGCCCCCACAUCAGGGAGUGCCGAGAAUGACUGGAGAUAUGUGGUGGUAUCGGGAACACCAGAGAAGAUUUUGGAGCAUCUCCUGAAUGACUUACACCUGGAAGCAGUCCAGGACAAAGAGACAGGUUGUACCCUUGUUCCUCUCUGGAGAACUGGUUGGGGUGGGAAUCUAGAGCUGCAGAAACCAAAGGGCACUGCUGGUGCAGAGGACACCUUUGCAGAUUAUCUCGGAGAGCUGAGAGAGACCCUACUUGAUGACUUCCUUCUCACAUACACGGUUUUCAUGACAACAGACGACCUGUGCCAGGCAUUGCUGAGACACUAUUGUGCUAAGAACCUUCAAGGCAAAGAAGAAAACUCGGAUGUUCCCUGUAGAAAACGAAAAGUCUUGCAUUUGGUGUCUCAGUGGACUUCUCUCUACAAAGACUGGUUGCAUGAAGAUGAACAUUUAAAACAAUUUUUAAAGACAAUAUACAGGAAUGUGUUAGAUGAUGUGUAUGAAUAUCCCAUACUUGAGAAGGAACUGAAAGAAUUUCAAAAGAUACUUGGAAUGCAUCGUCGUCACACUGUAGAUGAAUAUUCGCCUCAUAGAAAGAAUAAAGCCUUUUUCCACCAAUUCAGUCUCAAAGAGAACUGGCUCCAGCACAGAGGAACUGUGAAUGAAACAGAGGAAAUUUUCUGCCGUAUCUACAUAACAGAACAUUCCUAUGUCAGUGUGAAAACUAAAGUAUCUGCUUCAGCUCAGGAAAUACUGAAAAUUGUAGCAGAAAAGAUCCAGCAUGCAGAGGAGGAUCUGGCUCUAGUUGUCAUCACAUUCUCUGGUGAGAAACAUGAGCUACAACCAAAUGACCUGGCUCUCUCAAAAUCUCUUGAGUCAUCCAGUCGUAUGUUUGUCUACCGAAAAGAUCUGAACGACACGUUGAACCCUUUUGCUGAAAAUGAAGAAUUGCAACAAAGGUCUGUCAGAAUUUUGGGAAUUAACACCUGGGAUCUUGCCUUGGAAUUAACGAACUUUGACUGGAGUCUUUUUAAUUCAAUUCAUGAGCAAGAGCUGAUAUACUUCACCUUCAGCAGACAGGGCAGUGGUGAAAACACAGUGAAUCUUAGUCUUCUGCUUCAAAGAUGCAAUGAAGUUCAACUCUGGGUGGCCACAGAGAUACUCCUCUGCAGCCAGCUCUGUAAACGUGUACAACUAGUGAAAAAAUUCAUCAAGAUUGCUGCCCAUUGUAAAGCUCAAAGAAAUUUGAACUCAUUCUUUGCUGUUGUUAUGGGUCUCAACACUGCAUCUGUCAGCCGACUGUCUCAGACUUGGGAGAAAAUCCCUGGGAAGUUUAAGAAACUCUUCACCGAACUUGAAAGUUUGACAGACCCUUCUCUGAAUCACAAAGCCUACAGAGAUGCAUUCAAGAAAAUGAAGUCUCCGAAAAUUCCUUUCAUGCCCUUACUCCUGAAAGAUGUAACAUUCAUCCAUGAAGGAAAUAAAACUUUUCUGGAUAACCUUGUUAAUUUUGAAAAGCUGCACAUGAUUGCGGAUACUGUUCGAUCACUGAGACACUGCAGGAAUAACCAAUUCGGCAUUGAAGUUCCUCCUAAAGAGCAUCAAGAGCUGAAGCCAUAUGUCCAUCACCUGCAUGUCAUUGACAACCAGCAAACACUGUUUGAGCUUUCUCACAGGAUAGAGCCUCGGGUGUGAGCACGCACAGCUUCAUGUAACCUUGUAACUGCAGCACUUUGAAUUAAGUGAAUGUUUAAGCCAAACAUGUUGCUUCCCUAUAUAAGAACAGUUUACUGAGUUUUAUCAGUAGCUCCCACAAUAUACACAGGAAAAUCAAGCAGAACAAGAAAAGAAGUUGUUUGCAGCAUUCCAGGGCAAAGGUAGUGCUGUUUCCAUCUAUCACCAGAUCAGGAAGGUGAUGAGCAGCAUCCGUUGAGCUCAGCGACUUGAUUUCUGUGAAAAUAUUGUUGGUCCAGUGUAGCUUUCAGUCCAGAUUCUGACAGUAUUAGGGUGAAAGGAAGCAUCACAUCACUGUAACAAAACGUUUCAGCAAGCAACUUCAUGUGAUGAAGGGUUGCAACUUAUGAUAGAGAAUGUACCUCGCUAAUCGAAAGCUGCCAAAGUAGUGACUGUUGCCAAAAAAUACUGUGCAAUCCACCUAACUUCCCUGGGAGCAUCUUAUUUGAGACAGCAGCUGACAUUUCAGAAUGGAAUAUAAAAACUAACAUGUAUAAAGCAAUGCACCAUUAUUAGCUCUCUUGUGUGUCAUGAUUUGGAGGUCAAAAGCAAACAGCAGCCCAUAAUGUUACUUCCUCUUAAGAAUUCACUUCAAGGAUAUAGUAAAGAAAAAAUCUAACCUUGAUGCAGUUUAUGGAAACAAAUGUGGCAUUUCCUCUUUUGAGGGAUUGAUAGCACUUGACCUCAACUCAAUGUUUUAGCAGGAGUCCUAUAUCUAAAAUACGUAGGUUAGGGAGAAAAAUCUCUAUUUGCUCCCCUUCUAAUUAUCCUAGAAUUGUUACUUAUUUCUGCAAUUAGUGUGCAGUAGGUUAUUACAACAGAGCUCAGUGCUUUACUGCUUGAACUAUUGUCUCUUGUAUAACUACUGGGAGAUAUCUCGUAAAUCCAUCUACUUUCUACAAAAGCACAAUAAAACAGAAAAUAGCCUAUUUUAACAUGUAAAAAUCUGACUUACCAAGCAGAUGCUUUUAGCUUUGAAAGAACAAAGGGCCAUACUUCAUGUAUUACACACUGUCAUUCCCAAUACAUAGAAAAAAUUAAAGGGAAAGCAUCUUCCUAUUUUAUAUUUCAUCCAAACCCAGUUUUCAUUUAGAUAAAUCAAAGAACUAUUUGUUAUCUUAGUACGUGCUUUAAAAUCACAUUCAUAUUUAUUCUUGUCUGAGUUGCCUCCUCAUAGAAUCCUGGAAGAGUAGGGCUGCAAAGGAACUCCAUAGAUCAUCUAGUCCAGCCCCCUGCCUUAGUAAACCAUCCUAUACAAACACAACACAAGGCAUAACACCCUAACCUGCCACAGGUAAAUCAAGGGACCACAGGGGUCAAUGUCCUGCUGCUAUGAUGAUAAUGCUGUUUUUCAGUACUAAGAAGUUGCCCUCAAAUAAGCUGAAAUAAGCUAUAGACAGUGCAAUAUUCUUCACUAUAUAAAUAAAAUCUGUUUGUAGAGCCUUACUUCAAAAAGUCCCUUUACAGUGGCAGUGAGGGUACACUGCUUGGCUGUCUAUCUAUAUUGUCUGUUUUUCACAUCAGAAAGUCUUUCAGGAAAAUGAUCCAUUGUUGUAGUGUGGGUCCACUAAAGUGGCUAAAGUUACAUGUUCUUCAUCAUCUUUUGAUCUGUGGUUUAAAGGGGACAGAAAAAGCAGAUUUAACAAGUAAUUUGAAGAGGAGGUCAUUGGAUGCAUUCAGUUUGCCUCCAUAUGUGAAAUAUUGUACAGUUACUGUAUAAAAGAAACAGAUGUUUCACAAUGUAUUUGCUUGUACUUUGGUAUUAUCAAAUACUAUAUGAUUUUUUUUAAAUAGUUCUUUUUACCCAGUAAAAAAAUAAAUAAACUCUUGCUGGCCAUGGAGUAAAAAUUUCCUAUGUUCUUCUGUAGAUGUGAUUGCACAUACUGUAAAUAUUUCUUCUGUGCAAACAGACCAAAACUGUUCAAGUCAGGACACUAAAUUUAGUGGACUCAUUUUUGUAGUGUAGAACAUAAACCCCAUAUAAUGUUAAUUUCUUGGGGUUUUUUUAAUUUUUCCUUUCUCAGAUUUUCACUAAAUCCCCACCCAAGAUUCAUUAACCAAGACAUUAGCUGAUUCUUUAGCCCCCUCUUGUGAAAUCUUUUCAUCAUGGCACUGCUUUCACAAAUCAGUAUGUAGAUCAGAUUGUGAGCCCUUGUUCACAGGACGUAGUGCUCUCUGUGAGUAAUGGAAGAGAACUGGGCCUGAGUCUCAAUUCUUUUCAGCUUUUCAUCUGUUAAUUUAUAAUAACCUUAAUAGCUUAUGCUCCUUCCCUGCUGGUGCAACUACAGCAGUACAAAAACAAGCUCCUGCUUUUCACACCUGGCUUAAUGUUUGCAGGUGAAAAAAUCUGUCAUCUAAGCACCAAGUUCCAAACAUUGUAAUGUUAGGUAUAAUUGUCUGAAAUGCUGAAAAGUGCAAUGAAACAAUGCAAAUUGUUUUUUAUGAUGGCCUUUAUUAUCUAAAUAUAUCUUCAGUUCUGAAGGGCAAGGUUUGCUUCUGUGCUUAAACUAUUAUUCAUGGAACUAUAGUACUAAUAAAAGGGAAACUGCUCUGAAUCUGCAACAGAACUAUCCAGAAAAUAAAGGUUUGUUAGAAUCCUUGUUCUAUGGCUAAAAUGUUGCGGACCUGAUUUGAGACUGCCAUGCACAUGAAGGCAAGAAGAUUAGGAGGAGGCCUAAAAAGCAGCAGGAUGAAAGAAAAGGGGUGGUGGUGUGUAGCUUCUCCCACAUCUCUCGAUAUGGGCAGAGCACACUUUUUAGUAACUACACCCUCCCCACAAAACAGUAGUGCUGUUAUGAUAUUCCUAAAAAAUACUGUAAAUCUCCAAGCUCAGUCUAAUACAACUACACAGACAAAGUUAAACUAUGUGCGUGUGUUUCUUAUAUGUUGGGAGAAGAUAUUAGACAAAACAGGGAACAUGUGGGGUCAUUCUCCAGCUCUUUGAAGUGGGCUUUUGCUUCAUAGAAUUUAGAUGCUUCUGUAACGUGUCCUUAGGCUUUCAGCCCAAUUUCACAUAGUAAUUGAUUGUGUCUAGAUACCAGUGGAAAAAAAGAAACGAAGGAUCUCCUGCCAAAAACAAACUAAAAAUGUCCUGCUGUAAAAUUGCAAAGAAAGAUGUAAAUACUAAACAUUUUAGCAGAGUAAUAUUUAUUUGCAUAGCCUAUUUAUUGUAUUAUUAUUAUACUGUUAAGAAAUACUGGGAUGAAGUCAGUGAACUGAGGUAAGACCACCUGCUUGUUAUAGUCUCUUUAACAGGUGUGCCAUAAUGCUGUCAGCUUGCAUUUAAAAUAAUAAAAUAGAAAACCCCAAAUCAAGGUAUUUACCUAACUUCUCAGGGACUACAGCUAGUAGUUAUCCACCGUUAUGAGAACUGGUAUGUAUGAAAUAGUCUGAUUUACCAGAAUCACUGUUGCCAACGUUUUCCUUUUCAUGUUUCAUGCUUGUCUGCCUUUGUACAUAUUACUGUGCUGUGUAUUUAUAAGAGCUAGUAAGCAAUAAUUUAUAUGUCAAAAUGGCCAAGCAAUAUAAGGUUAAAACUUGUAGAAGCAACUGUUACAGUUAUCUUGCAUUUUCAAGUGUUUUUUAAUAUUGCUUUUCAAAAUACAAAACUACAUUAAUUAAAUCUGGGCUCUGCGCCUUCAUGCU